AAGUUGCCAAGACUUGUGAAUUAUUUUGUCACAGGUAGCGAUACGGAAAUCUCCGAUGUGGGGUUAAAGUUUAAAAUCAAUUUGGUGCCUUGGCGAUUGUAGUUGACCCGUCAAAUAAGGAUAUGGCAAUCUCUUAGCCAAAUGAAUUUUAAACUUGCAAUUUUUCUUAAAAUAAAAUGCAAAAGUUAGUCCAGGAGUGGCUAUGAGUUAUCCCCUUGAGUUGGUUCCUUUCUGUGAUUUAUUUUAGUUUUUGCUGGCAUCCGCCCUGAAGUUACCUAGAUUUGGAGAUUAUUCUGCUUCAGAUUAAGUUAUGGAAAAGUUCCACAAUAAAUAAUCGGGGAGAUUCCCGUUUUGUGAUCUGCGGCAGAAUAAUCGCCAAGUCUGGCCAACUUCCGGGCAGUGGCCCGCAAGAAACUAAAAGUAACAUCACAGAAAGGGACCAACUCGAAAGGUAUAACUCGUGGCCAGACCCCAUGCAAAUAUCUACAGGUUGUUAAUAAAAAAUUUGCAAGUUUAAAAUCUAUUUGGCACCUUGGUGAUUGAAGUUGAAGCAACAGAUCAGGAUACGAAAAAUAUCCCCAAAUAUUCUUAUCUUGCUGUAUGUUUUGAUGUCUGAAAAAUGUGUUAAGUGAUGGAUAGAAAUGACAAAAAGUUUUUGGAUGCCAAUGAUUGGGAUCAAACACAGAUUGGUUUUAAUUUUGAUGAAAAUGAGGUAGUUGGUGGUUUCUCAACAACUGCCAGGAAAAAUGAAGAUUAUCAGCUACUUAGGUGUGAUGGGCUGAUUGAAGCUUCAGAAAACAGAAAUAUUACUUCUCAGCUUACUUGGUUAGAGGAAGAUAAAAGUAUUAUUGAAAAGAAAUAUAACCCCCUUGAAUUUAGUUUAAAGCAGGAAAAGAAAGACAUUAAAGAGUUGACAGCUUUUCGAACCAUUAAACAAAUGAUUUUAGGACAAAGUUAUACCUUGGAACCCUUUAAGUCUAGAGAAAGCAAGUCUGAACUAUUGAAAAUAGCGGUAUCUAGUCAUGAUGGAAAUGCUAUUCUUGCUGUAGUAUCAUUUUUAAAAAGCACACUAAAGAAAUCCAUAUUUCAUAGAGAGAUCCGAAUGCAUCCUGAUGCUGUGAGAGUUUAUUUAAGUUUCCUCGAAGAAGACCAUGAAAUGGAUGAAUUGGCAAAUAUGUUCUUAUUGUUGGACAAUUCAGAGGAAGCUGCUAUGACAAAGUACAAAUCAGCUCUAUCUCUUCAUCACCCAGAUAGGAAACUGAAGAAUAUUAAUAACUGCAUUAGCACUCAUUUUCAGGGUGGUGUUGUGGAUGAUUUUCUGUGUGCCUCUGUCCUUGAACACAAGCAACUGCUGAGGGACCAGAUUGCUCUAGAUGAGUAUCAUGCAGCAGCAAGUUCUUCUGAAGUUGAGGCUUUUAAUUACUAUCGACAACUUACGAAUGAAAUUAAACUUGUUGAUACCUCUGUGAUGUGUAGCCUUAUUUUUCAAGCUUUGUUUUAUUUCAAUGCAUCUGAGGCAGCUUUUAUUAGUCCUGGAUAUACUAAAGCCACAUAUAAUUUAUCAAGAAAACAAUAUACUUGGGGUGCUGUUAGAGCGUUUAUAGUAUCAAAGAAAUGGGCAGAGAUGGAUGCGCUGUUUAUAAGCAAGAAUUGGCUUGGGAAUGAAAAAGUUAAGUCCUGCAUAAGUUUUCCCCAAAUAAUAAGAGUUCUAUCAAAAAUGCAAGCAACGCAUGAGCUUAUCUCUAAAUAUGUGGGCUUCAUAGAAAAUCAGGAAUUGAAAUUGCUUUUGGCAAAAAAGUACAAGUGCCAUUCUGUGGUUAUUGAGAUUCUAAAAACAAACAGAGACAGGUUAGGACUUUUACAAUAUAAAAGCAUUCUACCUCCUCAUUCUGUUGAUUUCUGUUCAGCUGCUGAUAUUCUAAAUAAUAAGACUGUGAAAUGGCGAAAUUGAGCAUUUUAGUGUACAUUUUGCUUGUUUUUGUUGAUUCUUCUAUGUUUUAAAUGUUAUUAUCUCAAAUAAAGUUUUAUUCAUUUUCGAA